AUGAGGUUUCUGUCCGCGAGUAAUGGGUAUUUGGUACGGGAAAGUAUGAGAGCCGGCAUGACUGGUGGCGAGGAUGGUGUGCUUGGUUAUUGGCUACUGGGUACCAGCGCCAUUUGGCAGUUCAUCGUUAUGAGCUUGUGGGGAAACCAAAGUAUCCAAAGCAACGCGACAGUAUCAAAAAACAAGGCGAGUAAUGAGUUUAAACCGAAAAACAAGGAGAAUCAUGGACUCGGACCAAAGAACAAGAAGAAUCAUUAG